AUGGCAAGUUUGGUUCCUGGGGUUCUUUUAAAGCUACUUCAGCACAUGAAUACAGAUGUGAAGGUUGCUGGGGAGCACAGAUCAUCUCUAUUGCAAGUGGUUAGCAUUGUUCCUGCACUAGCAGGGGGUGAACUCUUUCCAAAUAAGGGGUUUUACCUAAAGGUAUCAGAUUCCUCUCAUGCUACUUAUGUAUCUCUUCCUGAUGAACACGAUGAUCUAAUUUUUAGUGAUAAGAUCCAAUUGGGUCAGUUUAUACAUGUUGAGAGGCUAGAGGCUGCCUCACCUGUACCUAUUCUUAGAGGGGUUAGGCUCGUUCCGGGUCGACACCCCUGCAUUGGAACUCCUGAAGAUAUAGUUGCAACUCAUUCUCUAGGAUUCCUCAAUAGCAAUGGUAAUUCAUCUUUGGGUUCGAAAUUGAUUCACAAAGCCAAGGCACCUUCAAAGUUGUUGACCAAUACUGAGGCAAAAGAUGUUAAAUCUGCGCUUUUGAAAUUGAAUCGUAGUGCUAAAGAAGAUAAAGUCGACAACAAGAAGCCUGGAUUGACUCGAUCCAAGUCUCAGUUGUCAAAGCUAUCUAUAACUUCGGAUGGGAAGAAGGAAUCUGCAGGAAAAUUGAAUUCUUCAAGUUCAAGGUCAAUACCCACGUCACCAACGAGCUGUUAUUCAUUGCCUACUUCUUUUGAGAAGUUUGCAAAUGGGAUUAAACAGCAGGGGAAGAUCAAGGGACUGGAAAGGUUGGAAAAGGCAACUGCUAAAGUCGGGUCAGGGGAAAAGGCAAUUUCUGUUCGGGGGGCAAGUCCAACCACAAAGAAAGUGCUGGGUGGGAGUGUGAUGAAGAAUAUUGUUCAAGGUCUUGAAUUGGGGCCAAAGGCUCUGAGAAAGAGUUGGGAAGGAAAUAUGGAUGUCAAGGGGAGGGAAAGUCCCAGAUUGAAGGUCAAUAAGCAUGUCCAGAAGCCAGAAGUGCGAAGUACUUCCGUACCAAGGAAAUUGACAAGCGAAAGGUUGCCAUCCAAAGAAGAGAUUAAGGUUGAGUCUUCAAAAUCAUCCUGGGAAGAAAAUAAGGCCAAUGCAUCUGUGAAGAAAGCUUCGACAAAUGCAGAUUUGGCUAAUAAUAAGUCAACUGCACAGAGAGUUUCACCUGCUAAGAAGUCUGGAGAAUCUGCUAAUCAUGGGUUCCCUGGCAAUUUAGUCAAGGUUUCUCUCAGCAAAAGUAAAUUAACAGAUGGAACUAUUUCAUGUGCCUCACUCCCAUCAUCAAUUGUAAAGCUUGGGAAGGAUGUAUUAAAGCAUAGAGAUGCUGCGCAAAUGGCUGCCAUGGAAGCAAUGCAAGAGGCUUCUGCUGCAGAAAGUUUACUUCAAUGUCUAAGUGAGGUGCUGUUUAUCUUGGCAGCUGCUUUUAGUUUAUUUUUUCCAGAUUUUCCGAAGAGUUUAUGUAAUGCCAACUGCAAUCUGGAGUUUUUGAAUAAUAAUUCUGGCAUCUCCACCCUAUUUCUCUACAUUCUGCAGGUACCAAGGAAAUUGACAAGCGAAAGGUUGCCAUCCAAAGAAGAGACUAAGGUUGAGUCUUCAAAAUCAUCCUGGGAAGAAAAUAAGGCCAAUGCAUCUGUGAAGAAAGCUUCGACAAAUGCAGAUUUGGCUAAUAAUAAGUCAACUGCACAGAGAGUUUCACCUGCAAAGAAGUCUGGAGAAUCUGCUAGUCAUGGGUUCCCUGGCAAUUUAGUCAAGGUUUCUCUCAGCAAAAGUAAAUUAACAGAUGGAACUAUUUCAUGUGCCUCACUCCCAUCAACAAUUGUAAAGCUUGGAAAGGAUGUAUUAAAGCAUAGAGAUGCUGCGCAAAUAGCUGCCAUGGAAGCAAUGCAAGAGGCUUCUGCUGCAGAAAGUUUACUUCAAUGUCUAAGCACAUAUGCUGAGUUGAGGAUGUCUGCUAAAGAAGAUAACCCACAGCCCGCUGUCGAGCAGUUCUUGGCCCUGCAUGCAAGCUUGAAUAGUGCUUGUAUUGUUGCUGAUUCUCUAUCAAAAACUAUUACUCUUGACUCUUCACAAAAUGAAGAUCCAUCAGUAGAAGUGCAAAAGGUCACUUUAGACAGGUGUAAACGUGCUGCUUCUUGGGUUCAUGCUGCAUUGGCUACAAAUUUGUCAUCCUUCACACUAUAUGGCAAACCAGGUACCUCAAGUCUGGCUGCAGCAUCAACUCUGACUCCAAGCCCAAAAGCUAUUCCGAUUCAUCAACCCAUUUUAGUUCUUGAGAACUCUACUAAAAGCACAGAGCCAAAAAUCCUGACCAAGCCACGGCAGUCAGCAAACUCCAAGAAUCACUCGUCUGGAACUCCAAGUCGGGUAAGUGGCGGAUUGGCUGUUGGUCACAACACAACAAAAACUUCACCUCCUAUUGAGUGGGUUAAAGGAGAUGGUCUCAAUGAGUCUGUGGACUUGGCAAAAAUGUUGAGGUUGGAGUCUCAGGAUUGGUUCUUAGGUUUCGUGGAAAGAUUCUUGGAUGCUGAUGUGGACACGUCAGCUUUAUCAGAUAAUGGUCAAAUAGCUGGCAUGUUAAGUCAGCUCAAGAGUGUGAAUGAUUGGUUGGAUGAAAUUGGGUCUUCCAAGGAUGAAGAAACACCUCGUAUCUCAGCAGAAACAAUCGACAGAAUAAGAAAGAAGAUUUACGAGUAUCUUCUAACUCAUGUGGAAUCUGCUGCAGCAGCUCUUGGUGUUAGCUCACAAACAUCACCAGUAAUGGAAAGCAAACUUGCAUCUAUGGUAGAGUGUUUUCAAGCCUGUACUGUGUAG